AUGUUGAUGUUUCCAACAGAGGCGGAAAAUUGCAAGCUAGGUAAUACGAAUGUGUAUGCAAGAGUACUUAUUGUAGGGCCUGUGCGACAAUAGACCAUUAGAUAAUCAUUAGCCUGCUCUAUGUUCUCUAGUUUAAAAACAACUGUUGGGCCAACGCUCGAGAGGCGCCGGCGGAAUCUCAUGCGCGAGUGGCAAGCAGAUUGCCUCAUUCGAUAAGUUCUUGAAUGGAGAACUUCUCUAAGGCCAAGGUAAUUUGCUUGAAAGAAGGCAGUGCUGAGGGACGUUGAAUAGAAAUGAAUUUUCUGUUUAGGAAGGAGAACGUUUCGCUUACCCGUUGUCAAAGAGAUACCCAUUGGUGGAGCUCCGUGAUUAGUUGCAACAAGCUAGCGUAAGCGGCAAGAAUCAGUUACAUGCUUCCCCCUCCCCCAAAUUAGCCGGACGACAGUUUCUCCAAACAGGCAGCUAAACAUUGGCUAUUAUAGGCUACAAAUGCGUUAAACCCAGGAAACAGUCCCCCUUACUGCACAACAUCCACUUCCCGUUUGUUGACAUUUCCAGUGAUUCCACGCUCAGAGGUAGAAAUAACUUUGUCAAGAUACAUUGUUAUGGGUUUAGGAACUACCACUCUUAUGCUCCGUGAACAUCUACCAAUGCUUGUUGGGUAUCAGAGGUCUUUUUGUUUUCCUCGCGUGCGGCGGGGUGCUUCGAUGUCGGUAACAGACCGAAGCCGCGAGUCACUUUCACCAGAAAUUACACUAGAAACGUCUUUGCUGUCCGGGGUAUACAAAGUUCUUCGUGACUGUCAAAAAUUUUCCUCAAACUCAAUAACAAAUAAAUGUAUCGAGAAAACAGGCAAAUUCUAUACCAUGAAUUGCGACACCUAAAUCAAACACUCGAAAGAGUUUUUCAUUUGGGAUCCAAAUAACCUUGACGUCACUAUGCCCCAUUUUUCAACUCACUUCUCGUUUUCUGCCCUAGGGGGUACUCCCUAUAAUGGCCUAUACGGAGAGACUCCGCCCGAAAGGGGUACCUUUUUCAGACUUCAGGUAUAUGGAAGGGUUGGGAUUUUACCAGUUGAAUUAUAUGAAAGUGGUGGGAAAUCUGUCAUUUGGGCCUGUGAAUGGGCUCAAAGGGCUGAGCAGAUGAAUUUCAGUGUUAUGGCUUUAUAAAGUCGGGAAAACGUUCUAUUUUUGUGAUUGAUUCCUACUUAAAGGACAAUGCAUUUGCAGCAGUCAAAAAGGGGUACCUUUUUCGUGAAAAAUGGUAUAUAAAAGGGUAAGGGGUUGGACCUCGGGGCGUAGCCUCCCCGUGUAAAAAUUUGUUGAGUACGCCCCCGGGAUUUUCUGCAUGUUUUUUGAAACUUUCCUCGGGUUUGAUUCAUUGCUUGUCUCAUUGCAGUGUUCGGUAUGUUACUGGGUGAUACACUGAUCCUAGAUGACCUGGACUGUGCAAAUAAAUACAGACAACAGGUGAGUACACUUGUUGAUGAUGCAUUUCAAGGUGAUGUUACAUCGGACGAUUCGCAGCAACGAUUUUUAGCGCUAGACAGCGUUGCAACAUUGUUGUGACAUUGAUUCAAAUGGUUGCAACGUUGUUCCAACAUUGCCGGCAAUGCUGUGCCACGGCUGGCUAUUUCAUGUUGUUAAUAUUGCCAAUUAAGCUUCCUUGUGCGCAAUGAAACUAAACGUAAGGGGAAAAAUUUUCUUGUAAACGACAAAAUCACAGCUUCUCGUCAAAUAAAUGUCUCUCAAGCAUUAUAUGAAACUUUAAAUACGAGCAAAAUGAACUUUGGAAACUGUUAGGCUAACAAGUUUUCAAAAAUCGGCAAUUGCAAUCCGUUUUAGUCUUCCUCAGCUGAGUUUGUCCGCCCCUGCCUCUUUUUGUAUUUGCUGUGCUAUUAAUGCUUUGUUUAAAUGUUUUGAGCGGUUACGGUAUUUUUAUGUUUCACUCAAUUUGGUGGCGGUUUCUACUGUUAGAAUUUUGUUACGUAAUUUUUGACUACUCCUUUAACAUGAAUGUACUAGUGAAGACAUGACAUUUUUAAAUUUCGGGAUUGUUAUGCCCUAUUGAAAACGGGACAUUUUUACAUUUAGCCACAGGGCGUAUGGCUGGCGGGAUUGACAAUGGCUCGGUCAUUUAAGGCCCCGAGAAGAGGCUUGGAGAGAAUUGAAUCCACACCAGGCUCCAGUUUUUCAAAAUGGCUACCGUCCAGUGGAUAACUCGAUUGGUUUCCUUAUACCUAUUCGCUAGACAGAGAUUUAUUUAUCCAGUAGAUAGCGCUGUCCAACGUUUGAACGACGAUGGGGCGGGUUUUUCGAGCCUUUAAGCUAAUUGCAAAAUUACAGACAUAGCUGUGGCUUUGAGAUAAAGCCACUAACAGACGACUGCAAUGCAAUAAAGAAAACUAUUGAUUUACGCCUGACUAUAGUGAACUUAACCAAGGACGUUUUAGAGCGACACGCACCAACCAGAAGUGGCUGUUUUGCAUCAUUGGUCAGCAGUUUUUUCCCAAAUUAAAUUUCUGGCAAUUCGUCUCAGUAAGAGUAAAGAUACCGUAUUUAUUCGAUUAACCUGCCCUGGGCGCUUAUUAAAUUUUCACCAUUUUCAGCAAGUCAAGUAUGUUUAUUUUGCAACAAACAAUAAAUGGUAAUAACAAAACGCGAAGAUGUAACAAAGUAAGGUCUCUGUAAAAUGCUCUGAAGAAAACUUCGUCUUCGGGGAAGUCUCUUAUUAGUACUUAUUCAAUUUCAAUUUCAAUCUCAUUGUCACUCAAGUCAAUAAGUGAAUUCUCUGGUGCUGCCUCCUCGAUGUCCGACAUCGGGGAGUGGAGUGGGGGUGGGCGCUUAUUCGAGGUGGGCGCUAAUUUGAGGUUGGGCGUUUAUUCGAAUAAAUACGGACUUAACAAGGCACAUUUGUUAGCGUCAAGGUAAUGAGAAAAGGCUUCACUUCCGGUUGACGUGUUACGUCCAGAAAUGUCUUUGCUUAAGCUCCCUUGUGUAUUGUUAUGAUGUAGGUUGUAAAGCACACUCAUUGUCCUACGAUUCUUACAAGAGGAGGAGAUCGCAUCAGAAGUAACGGUAAGUUAUUUAGCCCAUUAACCUUUAAGUGACUAGUGUUUAAGAUUUCUCCUUAUUCUUACACUGUUCAGUCAAACAUAAAUAUCGAUAACAUGCUGAGCUGGCAGGUCGCGCAAUAUCACGUGAUCAUGGAAUGACGCAAUAGUGAGGUAGAAUUUCUCCUUAUUCUUACACUGUUCAGUCAAACAUAAAUACCGUGAGAAAAAGCACAUGAUCAGCAAGUGAAAAAGGUCUUGAUUACGCAGGAUAUGCGUGGAGAACGUUGUGGAGAAUGUUUGUAUUAAUUUUAGGGUUUAAAGGGUCGCACCAAUCCCCGUGAUACUGUUUCUUCUAGUGAGAAUUUUAAUCUCGAUUGCUUUGCUCUCUUGCAAAGGUAAAUUCGGCGGACUGCAGAACAAAGCUCCUCCUCUUGAGAGAAUGCGCGGCGCAGUGUUCGCUGCGCCUCUUCCGCUGACAUUCCAUUCACUGACAACGCAGAUUGGUGAGUGACAACUAAAGCUCUUCUCAUUUUUCACCGCCAAUGUAUAACUCCAACAUUGCUGCUAAUGUUUUUCUUUAUUCGUUAUGUUGUCAGAACAACUACAAGCUUUUAAACAAGCCGUUAUCAAACACACACAAGCCAAGGAAGAACUUUCGGUAAGCUUAAAGAAGCGCAUCGCAUUGGUUUUUUUUUUUCCUUUCGUACACAAAUCCACCCUGCUGUCAGUCUUCUUUUCUUGAGAGCGGAUGAGAAGGGAAAGUUCUGCCUGAAUCGCGUCGAGUCUUGUUUUAACCCUUUAAGUCCCAAAAGUGACCAACGUCAUUUUUCUCCUAACAAUAUCCGUAUAUUGUCAUAAGAUGAGGUUAUGAGAAUUAAUAAAAUGAUCGCCAAAGAAAAAUGCCAUGAUCAUUUAUUGAAUUCUCUCAACUUAUUCUUAAAGGAAAUGUAUGGAGAUCACUUUGGAGAAUUUGUAUGUGUAUAUUAAUUGGGGCUUAGAGGGUUAAGGCCGCUUUCCUUCUUAUCGUAUAGGUGAGCGCGACCCCAUAACGAUUUGAAUCCGCUUUCACUACUUUUCUGUUCAGCUCGCCAGUUUAUUUUCAAAACAAAUCGUUGGUAACGGUUUUUGAUUUACGAAUUUGAUCUUGGAGCAUUUGAAGGAACACUUUCUCUAUCUCCUUUCUCUAACAGCUGCAGCUACAGCACGGACAAACGGAGGAGAUGAAAAUUAAACACCGAGAAUGCAGAGAGGCUGAAACCCAGUUACGCAUGAUUGAGGAGCGUUUGGGCAUGACUCCGACCCAGUACAAUAUGCCUCCCAGUCCGGCCACUAUGCUGCUGACAGAAAUCAACACUCCACCUACAAGAACAGCUACCUCGCGUCGCUCCAGCGCACGAGCUGCGGCUGCGGCUACCGCUUCUCCGACCUUAUCGACUCCGGUCGUAAAUGGUUCGAGCAACGCAUCGGGAAACACAACUUCUCCGCGAACGAGGCGAGGUGCUGCGAUCUCCCCUGAAGAUGUAAGAACCAGUAAACGAACGCGCCGAUGA